AUGUUGUCGUAUUACAAAAAUAAUAAAAAUAAACAAUACAAAAAAUUAGUAUCAAAAAUUGAAGAAAGAAAUAAAGAAAAAUUAGAAAAAAUUAAUCAAUUAAAUAAUAAUAAUAAUAAUAAUAAUAAUAAUAAUAAUAAUAAUAAUAAUAAUAAUAAUAAUAAUAAUAAUAAUGGUGAUAAUAAUAAAAGUGAAAAUAAUAAUGAUAAUAUUAGUAAUACAAUUAAUAAUGAUGAUAAUGAAUGCGAUUUAGAAAUAGAAUAUGAAAAUAAUGAAAAUGAUUCAACAAUUAAUAAAAACUUAACAUCAAAAAAUGAUUUAGAAAAUACUAUUUCAGAAUGUAAUAAUUUAUUAAAUGGAUUAUUUAAAGGUGAAUUAAAGAUUGGUUGGAUUGAAUCUUAUAAAGUAUUAUCAGGUGAUAAUUCACCCAAUCGUAUCUAUCAUUUAGAUAUAAAAACCAAUAAUGAAAAUGUUUCAUAUGUACCAGGUGAUUACAUAUCAAUAUUAGCUCCAAAUGAAUCAGAUUUAGUAAAUAAAUUAUUAAAAAGAUUAAAAUUAGGUGAUGGUAAUCAAAGAAUUAAAAUUAAUAUAAUUUAUAAAAAUAAUAAUAAUAAUAAUAAUAAUAAUAAUAAUAGUAAUAAUAGUAAAUUUAAUCAUUUACCAUUAAAUAAUUGGGUUAAAAUUAUUGAUUUAUUUAAAUGGGUAUUAAAUAUAUCUUAUAUACCACCACAAUUCUUUUUAAGAAUAUUAUCUGAAUUUUAUAAUAAUAAUAAUAAUAAUAAUAAUAAUAAUAAUAAUAAUAAUAAUAAUAAUAAUAAUAAUAAUAAUAAUAAUAAUAAUGAAGAUGAAAGAUUGAAAUUAAUUUAUUUAUCAUCUGGUCAAGGAAAACAGUUAUAUAAUGAUACAAUUGUUGAACAUAAAAUUAAUUUGGUAUCGUUAUUGUGUAAAUUUAAACGUUGUGACAUUACAUUGAAAAAUAUAUUAAUUAAUAUACCCCCACAUGAAACUAGGAAAUAUUCAAUAUCAAGUUCACCACUUACUAGUGGUAAUCAUAAUAUUCAUAUUACUUUUAGUUUAGUUAAAAUAAAUAAUAAUAAUAAUAAUAAUAAUAAUAACAAUAAUAAUACUAUUAAAGAAAAGUUUGGAUUAUGUACACAUUGGAUGCAUAAUCAAAUUCAACUAUUUAAACAACUAAUAAAUAAUAAUAACAAUAAUGAUAAUAAUGAAAAUAAAAUAUAUUUACCAUUUUCAAUUGAAAAAAGUAAUAAUCAUUUUAAUCUACCAGAUAGUUUAUCAACACCAAUUAUAUUAAUUGCAACUGGUACAGGAUUAGCACCAUUUAGGUCCUUUCUUCAUCAUAGAUAUUAUCAAAUUCAAGAUUUAAACAAUAUUAAUCAAGAACAAAAACAAAAUCAACAACAACAACAACAACAACAACCAAGUGAAUUUAAUAUUGGUGAAUGUUUAUUAUUUUUUGGAUGUAAAAGAAAAGAUUGGGAUCAUAUUUAUAGUGAUGAAUUAAAAGAAUUUGAAAAGGAUGGUACAAUUUCAAAGCUAUUCAUUUCAUACUCACAGCAACAACAACAACAAAAAUCAAAUGAAAAUCAAAAUGAAGAAUAUUUGUCAUCAGGAUAUAUUAAUAAAUUAAUUGAAGACAAUGGUGAAAUGAUUUAUAAUUUAAUUAUAAAUAAUGGUGGUAUUAUCUAUGUUUGUGGUAAUAAAAAUAAAAUUGGUAAUUCAAUUAAUAAUAGUUUAAUUGAAAUUAUAAAGAAAUUUAAUAAUUUUAAUAUAAAAUCAGAUCAAGAAGCUGAAUUAUUAUUAGAAAAUUGGAUUAAAAUUGGGAAAUAUAAAAGAGAUGUUUGGAAUUAA